GUACCCGCGUUAUAACGACCAAGAGAAAUCUAACAAAUCAAGCGCCCCUUAGUAGCCUACUUAACUGUAAGCCUGCAACUCUCUAAAACAACCUAAAUGAGCUCUUACUUUGUAAACUCGUUCUCGGGGCGCUACCCAAAUGGCCCCGACUAUCAACUGCUAAAUUAUGGAGCUAGCAGCGGCGCAAUGAACGGCGGGACGUACAGGGACUCUUCCUCCUCCACAAUGCACCAUGCGACGGGCUCUUAUGGCUACAGCUACAAUGGCAUGGACCUGACCGUCACCAACCGAGGAGGGGGGAGCAGCAGCGCCGCCACCACCGGAGGACACUUCGGGGGCGGCUCAAUCGUCGGGGACUCCCGGGGAUUCGGCUCCCCUGCCCCGCAGAGGGGCUUCAGACAGCCGCCCAGCUGCUCCCUCGCCUCUACGGCAGACUCCCUCCUGUCAUCCGGUAGUGGAGACACCAAGCUGGGCGCCCAGAGCUCGUCUCCUCGCUCGGAGCAACCAGGAAGCGGUAAUCUCAGCUCUCCAAACCUGUCCUCCAACUCCUCCGGUGGUGGUGGCGGCGGCGGCGGCACAGCGCAGCGCUUCAGGGAGCUGGACGACGCGUCGCCAGAGACCGAUGAGUUGCACCACAACCGGGACGCUGGCCGAGGAAGCAACCCGCCCUCCAGGACCGGACACCCGCAGCCUGUGCAGAAGCAGGAGGGCGGCGCGGCAGGAUCAGCAGCUGGUAGCACGACGGGCAGCGAGGCUCAGACACCACAGAUAUUCCCCUGGAUGAGAAAGCUGCACAUUAGCCAUGAUAUGACGGGCCCCGACGGGAAACGGGCGCGAACGGCGUACACCCGCUACCAGACUCUCGAGCUGGAGAAGGAGUUCCACUUCAACCGGUACCUCACGCGGCGGCGGCGGAUCGAGAUUGCGCACGCGCUGUGCCUCACAGAGAGGCAGAUCAAGAUCUGGUUCCAGAACCGGAGGAUGAAGUGGAAGAAGGACAACAAACUGAAAAGCAUGAGCCUCGCCGCUGCCGGCAGCGCCUUCCAACCUUAAAGAUUAACCCAUUUAAAAAAAAAAUCCAUCCCAUCCGUCCCUCUCUUUGGAAAGGUUACUACCAUGCACAGUCAUCCCAGGAAGGAAAUAAGAGACAGAACAGUAGAAAAAUGAAGAAAAACACACAAAAAAAAAACCCAGGAGAAGCCAGUAGGGAAUGGCUUAAGAGAAGAAGAGGUGAUGAAGAAAUGUGUCUAUCACAAACAGAUUCACAGAUGUAGAUUUCAAAAACACUUCUAUUAUCAACUGAGUACUGUACAACAGCGCAGCACUUUUUAUUUCUUCGGCAUGUUGGUCUUUGGUGUUUUAGGGCAAUGUAAAAAAUGACUGUGGUACUUGCUCUUGUAAAACAAAAAACAAAAAAAACUUAGUGUUCCUGUAUGUUCUCGUCGUUUUUAAAAUAGCUGUCCAGAAGAGAGGAGUGAAUAUGCUACCUAACAUUUCUACCUACGUCCUACCUUACAACCUUGCUACCUACCUGUUGUUUAAGGUCUAAAUAGCGUUUUAUGUGUCAAGUGCGAUGUUUUGUAAUUGACAAAGUGCUUUCUAGAAAAAGCUAGCAUGUGAGCUCUUAUUGUAAGUUAUUUACUGCUAAUAACACGUGUAUAGCCCACAAGUCCUCCUUCCUCCCACGCUGUCAGUUACUUUUCAUUCAAAUCUACUCCAAUUUCUAUUGAGGAAGCAGGGAAGUUGUGAGUGU